AUGGAUUUCCUUCAUAGAAAUGGAGUACUCAUUAUUCAGCAUUUGCAGAAGGACUACCGAGCUUACUACAAUUUUCUAAAUUUUAUGUCCAAUGUUGGAGAUCCCCGGAAUAUCUUUUCUAUUUAUUUUCCACUUUGGUUUCAACUUAAUCAGACAGUUGGAACUAAGAUGAUAUGGGUAGCAGUCAUUGGGGAUUGGUUCAAUCUUAUUUUUAAAUGGAUAUUAUUUGGUCAUCGGCCUUACUGGUGGAUCCAAGAAACUCAGAUUUACCUAAAUCGCUCAGGUCCAUGCCUUGAACAGUUUCCCACUACAUGUGAAACAGGUCCAGGAAGUCCAUCUGGUCAUGCCAUGGGCUCAUCGUGUGUCUGGUACGUCAUGGUAACAGCUGCACUGAGCCACACUGUCAGUCGGAUGGAUGAGGCAUCUACGACUCUGCACAGGCAUGCUUGUGGCAGAGGCCUUUGA